AUGCCACUACAGCAACUUGGCCUUCUCCCUGCUGGCCCACGUGCUGGCUGAGCACGCGGCGAACGGGCAGUACCAGCGCUGGAUCUCAGAGAACAUCCUGGACCGCUUGGGCAUGGAGGACACAGGCUUCGACAUCACGCCCCCCAUCCGCUCCCAGAUGGCCGUGGGCUUCUACAGCAGCCGCCAGCCAGCACCGCUCUACGACCUCGGCUGGGACCGCCCCUCUGGCCAGAUGUACUCCACAGCUGCUGACCUUGCCAAGCUGGCAAUGGUCUUCUUGGGCACCUACCACCGCCGUCUCCUGGAGCCCGAUACAGUGAAGACGAUGCUGACGCCUCUGUUCAAGUGCUCCACGGAGUAUUUUGCUAACAAGACUGGCACACCGUGGGAGAUCAAUGAGCAGUUGGGCUAUGAUGUCAUCAGGAAGGAUGGAGACCUCGAUGGUUAUGCAGCAACCUUCUCUCUUAUCCCCAAGCUCCGCCUGAGCUUCAUCGUGCUGAUGGCAGGGCCCAGGCCACAGGGUGGGGACAUUGUCACUCAGACAUAUGAGCAUCUGAUCCCUGCCAUGGAGACAGCAUUCAGAGAGGCAGAGAAAAGCUUGGUUCCUCCUCCAAACCCAGUCCCUUAUGUUGGCUACUAUACCUAUUCCAACCUGACUUUCUAUGAGAUCAAAGUUGGGCUUGGGGGGGUGCUGGUCAUGCAGCAGUUUGGGCCUCAUGUGGAAGAGCUGAUUCCUGAGAAGUACAGGACAAUCAAGCUCCACCACCUGGAAGAUCGUGUCUUCCAAGUUGUUUUUGACAAGGAGUUCCCAUGUGUUCUGCACUUGGGCACUGCCUCCAUCUCCCUGGAGACCCAAAAUGGGCAACUCUUUAACUUCUACCCCUUUGAUCGCAAAGGUGUCUCUCCUGGCUUUGAUGCUCCGGGGCUCAACACCUACAAUGUGGUGCGUGUCCUCCGCAAACCUGUGUUCUACAGCUAA